AUGAAGAGUUCUGAGUACGAACCUCAACGUAUUCUUGUAGGUGUUACGGGAGGAUCAGCCGCUGGCAAAACUACUCUUUGCGAAACAAUCAAAAGGGAAAUCCAAUAUGAUUCUGAUGUAGAUAUGACUAUUCUUUCUUGCGAUUCCUUUUACAAAGGAGUGGAUAAAUCAUUCUAUGACAUUUCUUAAUAUAACUUUGAUCAUCCAGACUCAUUGGAUUUUGAUAAUGCCUUUGAAGUCAUUUCCACAUUGCUUUCAGGAAGACCUGCUUCAGUACCAAUUUAUUGUUUUGUUAAUCAUAAAAGAUUAGAUCAAUGUUCGAUAAUGCUGCCUGCUCAAGUUAUAGUCUUCGAGGGUAUUAUGGCACUUUAUGAUGAAAGAAUAAGAGAUUUGAUGUCUUAUAAAAUAUUUAUUCAUUGUGAUGAUGAUAUUCGUUUAUGCCGUCGUAUACUAAGAGAUGUCAAAGAAAGACAAAGAACUGUUGAAAGUGUGCUUUUUUAGUAUACCAAAUUCGUGAAAAGAGCAUUUGAGAAUUUCAUCGAGCCUUUGAUGAGUUAAGCAGAUUUAAUUAUACCUGGUCACAGAUCAAACCAUGUUUCUGUUGCAUUCAUAGUAAACCAUUUGAAAAACAUGGCAAAGUAAAAUGGAUUACUUAGAGAGAAAUUAAAUACUCUUAUCUAUUUCGGCGAUUUAUUAUAUUCAAUUGAUGGGUUCAUGAGAAAUAGAACUAAAGUAGACUUUUCAAAUCCAAAUGCUACAUUCAAAUAAUUAUUCUUUCCUGAAGAAAAUACAAAACCAGAUUUUCUUUAUAUUACACAGAAUUUUGUAGCUGGUAAACUGGUCAAUUAAAAAUAGAUAUAUAAAGUCAUAAAGUAAUGCUUUAAAAAUACUUUACUUAUGCUUGAAAAAUGCUUACAGUAAGAUAAAUACGAAAUCGAUUAAUUGUAAUGUGUUCAUCUUGAUGAAAUUCUAUCAAGCAAAUUUUAAGUUAAAGAGAACACUCAAUUCAUAGUAUUGGCCAUUCCAAUAUUAUUUAAGAGUGGAUUAAAAAAAUUGCAUUAAAUUGAAGAAAAGAUUAAAUAGUAUUAAGAUGUAUAAUUAAUUGUUGUGAAUGUAUUUUCUGAUAUCAAGACCAUUACAGAUAUAAAUUGGACUUUUAAAAAAUUGAGAAUAUAUGUUAAUGCAUUUUUAGUUGGUAAGUUGGAUAAGUUCUUUUCAAUUAUGAAUGUAUCCUCUUAAUCUGAACCAGAAUCGUAUUAUAAGCAAGAUAAAUUCUUUUAGAAGUUGAAGAGAUUUAUAGAAAAAAGGUAAACAAAAAAGAAUUGA